AUGACGUUUAACUUCAUAUCUCAUCUUCAAAGAAUUUCUGUUUUGAAUUACCUUCAACUUUCAUUGAGGCUUCACAAAAAAGUUCAACUUAUUGAGUCUUCUUUUCGCAUAGUGUCAAGUCAUGCAGAACCACAAGAAAAUAAGACAGAAAAGCAAACAGGUAGGAAUGAAGAAGAAGACAAAGUUCAAAAUAAGAUUUUUAUAAGAUGGAAAAAACGAGUUUUUAGUUUUGUUGUUUCGUUUGAAGUAUUCUUAUUUGGUUAA